CCUGCCUCAAAGUUAAAGGCAGAUGGACUCCAGAGCUCCGCAGAGACCUCAGGACUCAGAUUCUCCUCUGACACUCAGACUGCUCUGACAGAUUUGAGUCAAAAUGGUCGAGCAGUACGACUGCAACAACUGUAAGGAGAGCCUGUUCGGGAAAAAGUACAUUCUGAAGGAGGAGCACCCGCACUGCAUUCAGUGCUACGAGGCUCUUUUCUCCAACAACUGUGAAAUGUGCAAACUUCUCAUUGGAUGCACCAGCAAGGAUCUGUCCUACAACGACCGCCACUGGCACAGCGACUGCUUCCUCUGCUCCAAGUGUGAGCAGUCUCUGGUAGAUCAGCCCUUUGCCAACAAGGACGACCUGCUGAUGUGCACCGACUGCUUCGCCAGCGAGUACUCAGCCAAAUGCAAUGCAUGCCUGAAGACCAUAAUGCCAGGAACUAAGAAGAUGGAGCACAAGGGUAACAGCUGGCAUGAGAAUUGCUUCGCCUGUAACCAUUGCCAGCAACCCAUCGGCACCAGGAGCUUCGUCCAGAAGGACCUCAAAAACUUCUGCCUGCCCUGCUACGAGAAGCAGUUUGCCCAGCAGUGCGUCCACUGCAAGAAGCCCAUCAUCACCGGAGGAGUGAACUACCGGGACAUGCCCUGGCACAAGGAGUGCUUCGUCUGCAUCAGCUGCAAGCAGCAGCUGGCCGGCCAGAGGUUCACCUCCCGGGACGACUUCGCCUACUGCCUCAACUGCUUCUGCAACCUGUUCGCCAAGAAAUGUGUUCACUGCACCACCCCCAUCAGCGGUCUCGGGGGGAGCAAGUACAUCUCUUUUGAGCAGCGCCAGUGGCACAACUACUGCUUCAACUGCAAGAAGUGCAGCGUGUCUCUUGUCGGCCGGGGUUUCCUCACCUGCAAAGACGACAUCCUCUGCCCUGACUGUGGCAAAGACUUCUAAGUCAUCUCCAAACCGAACAGAGUUGAAUGUUAAUCAGAGAGCAGCAGCAGUACUCUCCCAACCUGGCCUUUGCUGCAUUCAUUGCAUCAUUUAUUAGUUUCUUGCACAUUAACCUGCUCCUUCUGCUGAUGUAUUUUCUUGAUAUGCUAAUGAUACUGUAUUUUAUGAGUCAAGGCCUUUAUUCUGAACUGUAAUUUUUUGCUCCCUUUUGUUCCAAUGAAACUCUGUCAUUAGAAUAACUUAACACUUUCACAGGAUAGCUUAAAAGAAUGUUAGUUUUUUAAAACAGAUCACACCUUUGUUGCAAUUGUUCUUAAUAGAGAUGUUAUAGUAUUACUAAUACUGUGUAUUCUUAUUACAUAAAAUGUGUUGUAAAUCUUAAUAAAGAAAUUGUGGGCUUUGA